UCACUUUGAGGUUAACACUUCAAACGGUGUGGUUGGAAUUGUCAGACAGCGCUGCUUCCGACAGACUUAGAGCUAGAAACCAUGUCUAAGAAAGGCAAGGGAGAGUCCCAUAAGAAGAAGGCUGCACGAGCGACUUCAAAUGUUUUUGCUAUGUUUGAACAGAACCAGAUAGCCGAAUUCAAAGAGGCAUUCCAGCUAAUAGAUAACAAUAAAGAUGGGUUCAUCGAUAAAAACGAUCUUUUGGUGACGUUUGAUUCCCUCGGUAGGAUAGUUAAAGAUGAGGAUCUAGAAGGGAUGAUUAAAGAAGCUCCAGGACCCAUUAACUUCACCAUGUUUUUAACAAUAUUUGGUGAAAGAGUAACAGGUACUGAUGCUGAAGAGACAAUUAAAACUGCAUUUAAAACCUUUGAUCAGGAUGGAAGUGGAAAAAUUAAUGAAGACAGGCUCAGGAAAGCUCUUUUAACAUGGGGAGAUAAAUUUCAAGAAGAUGAGGUGGAUGAAGUAUUUAAAGAGACACAUGCCGAUAAAGAUGGAAACAUUGAAAUUGAAGGGAUCGUUAAACUUAUCUGUGGAUCGGAGAAGGAAGAAGAAGCAGCAGCAUAGAAAAGAAAUAUCUGACUGUUCCUCCAACCAAUAAGACUCAUUUUAAUAACGACACGAUCAGGAACAGCUAUCAUACUCAUGAAAAGACAAUAGCCCUGCACAGAAAGCAACUUUUUCAACUACAAGCACAAGUUCAACAGAUUUAAGUUUUUCUUUUGAUGGUUUGUUUCCUACCCACGAUCAAUUAUAUUAACUCAUUUAAGCAUUUUCAGAGUGUGGCUUUAAUUUAUCCUUUACAAAAAUGAAGAAGCACAUAAAAUGGAAUUUCAUAUCCGUAAACAUCAUAUCAUUGCUUAUUUUAUGAUGUACUG